AGUUAGCGGCAUCUGCAAGCAUGGGGGCUGCCGGCCGCGGCGGAUCGCUCCGGCGCAUGGCUCACACGAAGCGUGCCAACAGCCACCGCGGUCCGGGCGGCGGGCAGGGGCCGCUGAAACGGUUGCGGCUUGCGGUGGAGGACUUCGUGCGGACUACCUCCGAGAGCGAUGCCGGUGAAGGCCGCGGCGCUGUGGCGCGCUCCCGGCCAGGUGGGCGAAAGAGCCGCAAAGAGCUUCGUAAAGAGAAGCGACACCUGAGGAAAGCGCGGCGCCUCCAGAGGACCGUGGGCUCUGGGUCAGGGGGCCAAGAGGGAAGUGCCGUUAACGGUGGCCGUCCGCUGCCCACUGAGAAGCGACCGACCUCCGCCAAGGCCACCGCGACCCCCGCCAAAGCCAAGGCUUCCUCCUCUAACAUCGAAGCCUCGGCGACCCAGGCUGAGGCCAAGUCUUCCUCUUCCAAGGCCACGGCGACUUCAACUCAAGCCAAAGCAAAAGGUGCUCCCGGAAAGCCCGGUCCUGCUACCGCCGCCUCCCGGAAGCGGGCCCUCCUAGCGGCCAACGAGGAGGAGGACCGAGAGAUCCGAAAGCUGGAGCGAUGUCUCGGCCUGAACAAGCGCAAGAAGAAGGGCGAUGGUAGCUCUGUGCCGCUCAGCUUCGCUCGCGACGGGCUGGACUACAUCCUGGGGGCUCUGGAAUGUGGGAAAAGCGGCGGCCUGUACGAAAGCAGCGAGGAAGAGGAGGAAGAGAAGGUAGAAACUGGACAGACACUCUUGGAGAGUGACCUAGAGAGCAGUUCCGAGGAAAAUGAAGAGGACUCGGACUCGCAAGCGCAGCGGGAGGAUCAGGAGGAUGUAAACUCAGAAAGGGAAGAAGAAGCAGAAGGUGGGACAAGAGAAAGUAAAGAGAAGAAGAGAGUACGCUUUGCAGAAGUCGUGGAGAAGAGCGAAAGUUCUUCGGAAGAUGACGCAGAACAUCAGGAGAGGCACUGUGUUGAAAGUGAUGAAAAGUACAUCCCACCUCGGUUGAGGGGUGAGGAGACAGUGGAUGUCCACAAGAAGGAAGAGCUCGAACGACUGAAGAAACAUGUUAAAGGCCUAAUUAACAGGUUGAGUGAGCCAAACAUGGCUUCUAUAAGUGGACAGCUAGAGGAGCUAUACAUGGCCCACAGCAGGAAGCACAUGAAUGACACCCUGACAACUACCCUCAUGGAUGCCUGUGUCACUUCCUCAGCCAUGCCCAGCAGGCUGAUGAUGGAGCAUGUCCUCUUAGUCAGCAUCCUUCACCACACAGUUGGAAUAGAGGUUGGUGCUUGCUUCCUUGAGGCUGUGGUAAAGAAGUUUGAUGAUGUCUAUAGAGAUGGAGGUGAGGGGAAAGAACUGGACAACCUCUUUACCAUGAUUGCCCAUUUGUACAACUUCCACGUGGUACAGUCUCUCCUCAUCUUUGACAUUUUGAAGAAGCUUGUUGGAACUUUUACGGAAAAAGACAUUGAGCUGAUCCUGUUGAUGCUGAAAAAUGUGGGCUUUUCAUUGAGAAAAGAUGAUGCUUUGUCGCUUAAGGAGCUGAUCACAGAAGCCCAGGCCAAGGCCAGUGGGGCAGGCAGCAAGUUUCAGGACCAGAACAGGGUACGGUUUAUGUUGGAGACGAUGCUGGCUCUAAAGAACAAUGACAUGCGUAAAAUCCCUGGCUACGAUCCUGAGCCUGUGGAGAAACUAAGGAAGUUACAGAGAGCUCUGGUACGCAGUGCUGGCUCCGGUUCUGAGACUCAGCUUCGAAUCUCCUGGGAUGGCAUCUUGAAUGCAGAACAGACUGGUCGCUGGUGGAUUGUGGGGUCUGCAUGGAGUGGAACCCCAAUGAUUGACAACAGUCAUCACACACACCUACAGAAGCCACUUGCAGGAACGGUUAGCUCCAAGAUGCUGGAGCUUGCUAGAAAGCAGAGAAUGAACACUGAUGUCAGGAGGAACAUAUUCUGCACUAUAAUGACGAGUGAGGACUUCUUGGAUGCUUUUGAAAAGCUGUUGAAGCUUGGGCUGAAGGACCAGCAGGAGAGAGAGAUCGUCCAUAUCCUCAUGGAUUGCUGCCUGCAAGAGAAAACCUACAACCCUUUCUACGCUUUCCUGGCUAGCAAGUUCUGCAGCUAUGAAAGAAGAUUCCAGAUGACUUUCCAGUUCAGCAUCUGGGACAAAUUUCGGGACUUAGAAAAUUUGCCAGGCACUAAGUUCUCAAACCUGGUUCAUCUGCUGGCACACUUGUUGAAGACAAAAUCACUUCCACUUUCUGUCCUAAAGGUAGUUGAAUUCAGUGAGCUGGAUAAACCCAGAGUCCUCUUUCUACGGAGAGUGUUGACUGCACUGCUGAUGGAAACAGAAGAAGAAGACCUGGGUUUGAUUUUUUCAAGAGUGUCUGACAACCCAAAGCUUGGAAUGUUGCGAGAAGGCCUGAAGCUCUUCAUUAGCCACUUUUUACUGAAGCACACCCAGGCUCACCAGAGUGCUGAGGAAGCCAGUCUGCUGAGAGAAAGGGCAGGCCUUGCAUCCAAGUCUUUACAGGGCAAAGCCAUCCUGAGAAUGUAGCCAAAGGAUAGGGAACAUUUGACCAAGAGAUGUAAUUUAUGAAUUCAAAGGACUAUCCUGCCUCUAAGAGCAGGAGGAAUUGUGCCAUGCUCUGUUGUGAUUUAAAUACUAUAAUUUUCCAGUGUUUUUGGAGCAAGGUUAUAUUGUGUAUUUUAAAUGUAUAUGUAUAUAUACAGCAGAUCAAAGGAAAGGGGGAGAGAAAAUGGGGUAUUAAGGCAUGAGGGGAAGGUCAAGAUCAUAAAUUAAUGGCUUUUUUAUGUUCUAAAUUUUGGUUAAAAGAUCAAAAGCUGGGUGAGGAAUGGUUCUACAUACCUUUAAUCUCAGCACUUGGAAGACAGAGGCAGUCAGUCUCUGAGUUUGAGUCCAGCCUGGUCUCCAUAGUGAGUUCUAGGAUAGACAGCAAAUAGAGACCCUGUCUUCAAAAAAAAAAAAAACUAACUGGUGCUUAGACUCUGAUGUCUUCUGCUCAGCAGUCCCACUAAUUUCAGAUAGGUAUUGAGUACUUGUUAGGAAGAAGGGAGAGAUAAGAACAGAGAUAAAAUGAUUGUGUUUAGUAAGGAUUAGUGCCCGCAGAAGUCUGGAAGAAAAGAAAUAGCCUUGGAGGCAUGCUUCCUUGGAGUCUUCCUUAUUUUACAGCCUUAAAUAUGUUUGCUCUCUCUCUCUCUCUCUCUCUCUCAAAUGCUAGACUUGAUUAACCCUGACCUUCUGUUAUUGAAAAAGCAACUAAACAGAAGUAGAAAGGUUUUAAAUCAGAGCUUUUAUGCCCAACAGUGUCCGUGCAGAGUGCUCAUUUCAGGCAGAUAGGCACAUAUGAGGGAUGUUCUGCGUGAAUUGUUCCUUCUGUUUUAGCUUUGAACAGCAUGUCACUGUAUGGUGUGUUCAGAUGAACAGAUCGGUCAGGUCUCCAUGCAGGUCCCUGAGGACUGAGCCUGAGGUGGGCCAGCAGUGCCUGCUACUAUUUUUGUGCUAUGACAGAUAGCUGACAAGAGGAGCAUAAGGAAGGGUUUCCUGGGGCUCAUACUGUGUUGGCACAUCAGAGUGGGCUAUCCUACAGCAAGAGCUUGAGGCAUCUGCAGUCAGGAGACAGAGAGAUGGAGCAGGUGCUCAGCCCACUUCCUCCUUUUUAAGUCCAAGAGCAGCCCAUGGGAUGGUGCCUCCCAGAGGUUUGCCUUCUAGAUGAUUCUGGAUCCUAAGUUGUAGUAGAACACUGCUUGAACCCUGGGCUCCUCAGUUUCACACACACACAAAAUUUAUGAAUUCAAAGGACUAUCUAUUUUUUAUAAACUAUAAAAAAAAGUUUAUUUUUUUACUUACAUUUUCUAAAUUGUAUGUGUGAGUGUAUGGACAUGUGUGAAUGCCUUUGGAGGCCAGAAGAGGUCUGCCCUGGAGCUGGAGUUCCAGGUGGUUGUGAGCUGCCGAAUUUGGGUGCUGGGAACCAAACUGAGGUCCUCUUAGAAGAACAGCAAGCACUCUCAACCACUAAGCUAGAUCUCCAGCCCCUGGUAUGUCUUUUUGUACUCCCCUCACCCCAUUCCUACCUCACCCCCCACCCUCCCAGGACAAAGUAUCUCUAUGUGUAUGUGACCCUAGCUGUCCUGGGAUUCAAUAUGUAGAUUAGGCUAACCUCUAACUCAAGAGCUCCACCUGUGCACCCUCCCCCAGUGGAAUUAAAGGUAUCUAUCACCAUGCCAGGCCCCACAAAAUAAGUGCUUUAAAAAAUGUGUUAUACCUCCAUUUGAAAAGUACUGCAAGGGACUCAGACAAGCAAUUCUAAGUGUGUGUCUCUAUCUGUCUGUGUCUGAAUGUGUGUAUGGUAUGUAUGUAUGUAUGCGGGGCAGAGGUUGCUCACGCCUUUGAUUCCAGUACUCGAGGCAGAGGCAGGCAGAUCACUAGUUUGAGGACAGCCUGUCUACAGAGCAAGUUAAGUAUAGAUUAGGCAUGGUGGCACACACCUUUUAUUCCAGCAUUCUGGAUGUAGAGGCUGAGUUCUCAGCCAGCCUGGUCCUCAUAAGGAGUUGCACAACAGCCAGGGCUACAUAAAGAAACCCUGUCUCAAACAACAACAAUCAUAUGGUGAAUUUCAUCUGUAAAAUAAAGAUGUAAAUUUUAUUUAAAAAUAAACAUCUUUUAAGCUA